AAUAUUCAUCUCAUUGAGCGUGAAUGUUGACAUGGGAGAUGUAUUCGAUGGAACGUUACGUGAACAUCAUGUUCGUGUUUUUAAUGCAUAAGAUGGUUGAGCCAUUAACCUACAUUGUAUAAACUCAGAAAACAGGACAGAAACAUAUACUAGUUUUACUGUCAUCUUUCAGUGGGCAACCGAUCAACCCGGGCAAGACAUCUCAUGGUCAACUACAUUUCCUGAUUAAAAAUCAUCUCGCCAAAUUCAAGAAGGACAUAACAACUCAUCUCACCACGUCUGCAUUUAAGACUCUUUGCACAGACGCCAUAAUGGCGUCCUUCAUUAAGGUAUUAAAACAGUUACUACGCCUGGUACUUGUCCUCGCUACCGGCAUGUUGGUCUGGAAUUUCGAUCGCCUAACUACCAGCAGAAAAUACCAGCAUUAUCGGAAAGCCUUAUCUUGGAAAUUAACAAAUGAUACGAAAAGCAAUUUGACCGACGUUCAAUAUUUGAAUAUUGAUACAGGAAACUGGGAAGAAAGCAAAAUAAGCAAAACAACAAAAUUUCAUCAACUUGAAUCAACCUUUUAUUCCACUGAAUCAAUGGAAAUGAAAUCAUCAAAUCAUACAAAAGAUCCUUGGUCAGCGUUCCCGUACCCUUUGAAUGUCGAUAUGGUUGAGCUCGUGCGAAAACUGAAGUCAAAUAUACACGUAGAACACAAACCUUUAUUUGUAUAUCAAUACAACUUUAAGCACUACCGCAUAGACAAAUGUGUUGAUGGUUCGCCAUUUUUUAUAUUUCUCAUCAAAUCCGCUGUUAACAAUGUGAAAAACAGGGUGGCGAUCAGAGAAACCUGGUCACACUUAAGUCUGAUGGAAAAAUAUAACAGCGUGAGAUUGUUUCUGGUCGGAACCCCGGAUAAACAAAUGGAACUAUCGGCUGUAGAGGAAGAAAACAACCUCCAUAAAGACAUUAUCCUAAUGUCAUUUCGUGACAAUUACUAUAACAACACAUUAAAGACAAUCGGAGCGAUUCAUUGGACCGUACAGCACUGUAACCGUUCUAAGUUUGUAGUUUUUGUCGAUGACGAUAUGCUAGUAUCUACUACACGUUUGGUGAAGUUUUUAAAAAGCGAAGUAACUGUGCCCACUUUUUUUGGCGGGUACAUAACAAGGCAUAGCCCCUACAGAGGUAAGAGGUCUAAGUGGUACGUGUCUCCACAGGACUACCCCCAUGACGUAUACCCCCCAAUGCCGUCAGCUGGAUUUAUGAUCAUGACCAUGAACUUCGUUACCGACCUGCACUUCGCUUCCCAGUUCACCAGAUUUUUUAAUUUUGACGACUGUUAUCUAGGAAUAUUGGCCUAUAAGCUUCAUGUGAAACCUGUCUAUAUCCGUUCUGUGUAUGUUGUACAUAUUGCUACCUAUAGUAGAACAUUUAAUCUUCAACUGAUGGCAGCGCACGGUUAUCCGCCUUCGAAGCUUAAAAGUGCAUGGCGUGCAUUGCAAAAGAUCUCAUCCUGAGUCCGUUUUUGUUUUAAUAAUUUAUUUGAUAUUUCCGGUUGUCACUUUGAUAAGUUCGAGCGGCACAGGAACUAACUUUAUUGACGUUUAUACUUUGAUUUAAUAUAUACCCAGUACUGUUACGCGAGUCUGCAAUUGCAUGACCUGUCUCAUCAUCACAGGAGCUCGCUUUUAUAUACAAUACAAACUGUAUGAGAUUCUUGGGAAUAUAUUAAAGCGUUAGAUAAAUCACACAUAUAUAUAUUUAUAUAUAUCAACACUAAUACAAAUACCUGGCUGGCAGAUAGCUUUGCCUUCAGUUUUUUUUAUCAUAUCUGACCCAAAUCCAAUUUCUGGUUAUUGAAAAGUGUAUCGAAAGCGACCUCUUGUGUCCUUUUUUCGUCAGGUAAAUCAUGCAUGAGUUGAGAGAUAGAUACAGUCUUGCGGAAAUGUACCUUACCUUUGUUCAUGUAUAGUAUUAACGUAUUGGUGCUGUUAUUUGUUUGUUUUUAAUCAUUGACUAGUGUCAGAAUAUGUGUAGAGUGUGCAAUGUGGAUGUGUAUAGUUGUUAGAAAUGCAUGUGAAUGUAUAUGUAAUGUACCCGAGAUUUGUAGUUUAAAUGCUCAUCUUUUAAUUUUAUUACAUUUUUUUUUUUUUUUAUUUAAUUCAAUUUUUCAAUUGAAGUCUAUAGCUACUCGGCUUUUGAGAGAUAUUUUUGAUAAUAAUGUCAAAUUACGUUUAAAUAAAAUCUGCAAACUGUAGAGGAUAAGGGCAGAAAGAGAAAAGAAACGAUGUAUCUAAUUCUAUGAAAUAAUACCAAAAAGAUUAUAAUAUUAUAUGUCUUUAAGACAAACGUUUUACCAGAGAACAGGAAUAGAGAAUAGUAUUUCAAUGGGGAUAUGAAUGCUUCUUUAGUUCGUUCAUAAACAAUUCAAGGGAGUUUGCAUUUUUUUAAAUAAUACGUUUGGAUAAGAGAAUCACAGUAAAUGGAACGACACAGAGGAAAUGUAAUUGCCCUUCAUAUAUAUAUAUAUGGGCAGUCCGUAGGAAAUUGAGAUAUUUCACAUUUACCGGGCCAGAUUCCCAAGUGCAC